UCGUUCACACCAAAAUUUUGUGAGAAAAAAAGGAGAGAAAUCUUUGUUUUCUUUGGUGAGAUCUAAACACUUUUAAGUGUUCUGGUUUUGUUAUUUGAAAAUCGUUCCCCCUUUCUUCCAUUACACCCCGCUUCUCUGAAUCCCUUUCUGUUAAUCAUCUGUUCUUUGAAUCAUAAUCUGAUUUUUUGGUUUGUUUUUUUUCCCACUACUAAACACAGGGUAAAAGGCAAACUUGGAUAAGGAUUUCUUUAAAAGCCAGGUGAUUUCAGAAUCGAGAUCCAGUUUUUUGUAUGAUCCUUUAUCGUUUUAGACUGAAUUUUAAGAAUUUCCUUUUUUUUUUCUGUAGAUAAAUCAGCUAAGAGGGCAAUUUUUUGAUCCCUCAUAGUUGAAUUCUUUUACUUGGAUUUUAAAGGGUUUUGUCUAUUUUUAAAAAAGAAAAAUCUUUUUUAAUCCUUUCUGGGUUCAGGACCUGUUCUUCAAAUUUUGGUAAGAAACAGGUUACCUUUCUUCUUCCUUAGUAGUCUUCAUUUUCCUAGUUUGAAAUCCAGUUUAGUUUCUGGGUAGCGGCAGCUGCAAUGGAUUCCUUUCGUAGCGGCGGAGGACUAAUGGAAGCACUUGAACCUUUUAUGAAAAGUGUUUCCCCUCCUUCCCCUUCCUCUUGUCUUCCUUCUACUUCUUAUCUUUCUUUCUAUUCUUCCCAAACACAGCCCAAUUUCUACACAGAUGGCUGUUGUUAUUCCACACCGAUGGACUCCUUUUCAGGUCUCCAGCAGUACCAGCAACCUCAAUCUGAUUCAACAAUUGGGUUGAAUAGCUUGUCACAAGCUCAGAUCCAUCAGAUCCAGGUCCAAUUGCACCUCCAGAGCAGUCAACAAAGCUACCCUAACCAGAUUCCCCGACCCAACAACACCAGCAGCAAGAGCAACCAGAUGGUUAGCUUUCUUAGCCCCAAACCUGUUCCAAUGAAGCAGAUGGGCACGCAAGCAAAGCCCAAGCUUUACAGAGGAGUUAGGCAACGUCACUGGGGAAAAUGGGUCGCAGAGAUCCGGUUACCUAGGAACCGGUCACGUCUUUGGUUAGGCACUUUCGACACAGCCGAGGAAGCAGCCUUGGCUUACGAUAAAGCAGCCUAUAAACUAAGAGGUGACUUCGUGAGACUCAACUUCCCUAACCUUCGCCACCAUGGUUCCCACGUUGAAGGUGAUUUCGGUGAAUACAAGCCUUUGCCUUCUUCUGUUUAUGCUAAGCUUCAAGCAAUUUGUGAAAGCUUGGAACAAAACCCAAAGCAAGGAAACAGGAAGAAAUCAUCCAAGGUGACGGCUGAGAACAAAAGCAAGAACAACCAAGUCAACUUGGCAGAGUCGGAGCCCGAGGAUAAGACUGUGAAGGGGGACAACUCAUCUUUGUCUGCGGUUCAAUCCGAAAGCAGCGAAGAUUCGGGAGUAUCUUCACCUUUAUCAGAUAUUACGUUCGCUGAUUUUGACGAACAGCCAUGGCCAGAAGUUGCUUGUCCUUCUGAAACAUUCAUGUUGUCGAAAUACCCUUCGGAGAUUGACUGGGAGUCCAUCCUAAAAGCCUAAAAAGGAAAAACCUAGGUUUCGUUUUAUAUUUAUCUGCUUAUGUUAUUGGUUUAUUU